CCCAAACGUUUUGCCUGUCCCUUGCCUUGCAGCGCCAAUUUGGCUUGGUGGGCCUCGCAGAGGCGAUGGCCUUUCCUCCAGCGCCAGCCCUUUUUCCGCCGGCAUCCACAGUGCCUGGCGCAGGCGCAGCAGGUUUGCCAACAAUGAAUCCAGCCUUGAUUCAGCAGCAACAGCAGCAGCAAUACCUGCAGUACAUGAUGAUGGUGCAAGCCCAGCAAUCCGCGGCCGCUGCUAAUGGGGCGACAGCGAAUGGGGCGACGGAUCAACAGCUGCUUCAGCAGCAGCUGCUCCACUCUCUUUCGACCUCGACCGAGAAGCCCAAAGCUGCCCUGGUGGACUUGGAGAACGAGCCGGUGAAGGUCAAUGGGACCUCCAAGGCACCUCCCAAGGGGAAGAAGAAGAGCAGCUCUAGCGGGUCCCGCAGCCGAAGCAGUAACAAAAAAAAGCGAAGUCGAAGUCGAAACAAGAGGAGACGCAGUUCCAGCUCCAGCAGUAGCCGGAGCCGCAGCCGGUCGAAUCGAAACAAAGGUCGCCGGAGCACUAGCCGCAGACGGCGCAGCCCCAGCCGUCGCCGCCGCAGCCCACCGGCGCGGAGCUUUGGCACCGGCUUUGCCGCUGGAGGCCACGGUGGCGGUGGUCCACGCUUUGGUGGCGGUAAAGGCUUCCCUCAUGGAGGAGGAGGAGGAGCUCGGGAACCGCUGCCGGACUUCAAGGCGCCCAGUGGCCCUGCACCUGCGAGCCUCGCAGCUUUGAAGCCGCCACCUUCCAUGGCUGAUCUCAAUGCCGACCCUAACGCACACAACAGUGGCAGCACGGUUCAAGAUCAGGAGAUCAAGGUCAUUGACUCCAGAGGGCAGAUGCUGCCUCAGUUUCCACGCUAUGCGACUUUUCAGGAGGCGCCAUUUUGCUCGUCCAUCCAAGCUGAUCUGCAGAAGGCCGGCUUUCCAGCGCCCUCGCAGAUUCAGCAGUACUCCUGGCCACUUGCAAUGCAGGGCUAUGAUGUGAUUGGUGUGGCAGCCACAGGAAGCGGAAAGACGCUGGCCUUCUUGCUGCCCGCCUUCCAUUUUCUGAUCGAGAGACAGGUCCGCGCAGGAGAUCCUCAUUUUCUGGUGAUGGCACCAACUCGAGAGCUUGCUGUGCAGAUCGAAGAGGAAGCGGUGAAGUUUGGCAGGGCCAGCGGCAUUCGAACGUGCUGCUGCUAUGGGGGAGCUCCCAAGGGACCUCAGGCCAUGUCCCUGCGGGACGGCGUGCAUGGCGUCAUUGGAACUCCGGGCCGAAUCAAUGACUUCCUGGAGGGUAUGCAGGUCCGCCUUCAAGAUGUGAACAAGCUGGUGCUGGAUGAGGCAGAUCGCAUGCUUGACAUGGGCUUUGAACCGCAGAUCCGCAAAAUCCUUGCGAAGAUCACCAAUCCACAACGGCACACCAUGUUCUUUACUGCCACCUGGCCCAUGAGCAUCCGACGCCUUGCCGCGGAGUUCCUGAGAAAUCCGAUCCAAAUUCAGAUCGGAAACCGGGACGAGCUCAAAGGCAACCAGGAUAUUGUGCAGAUUAUCUCCCCCUGCAACCAGUACAACAAGAACCAGAUCUUACUGCAGGUUCUGUCACAGUCAGGUGUGGGGGAUCGCAACAACAGCGCAGCCAAGGCGAUCAUCUUCUGCUCAACGAAGCGGAUGUGUGACCAGCUGCAAAGAGAUUUGCAGCGCGCCGGUGUGCCCUGCGCGGCCAUUCAUGGCGACAAGGGCCAGCGCGAGCGAGAGCAUGCGCUGGGCGAGCUGAAGUCCGGAGCCAUGAAGCUCAUCGUGGCCACUGAUGUGGCAGCACGAGGGAUUGACAUCAAAGGUGUGACAUUGGUGGUGAACUUCGACGCGCCUGGCAACACUGAGGACUAUGUGCAUCGAAUUGGCCGAACGGGCCGUGCUGGACAGAAAGGUUAUGCUGUCUCAUUGAUCUCCGACAAGGAUGCCCACGCUUUGCGGGGCAUCAUCGAGGUGAUGAGACGAACUAAUCAGGAAGUCACACCGGAGGUCGAGGCCAUGUGUCGCUCAGCCGGCCCACCCCCGCCCAGCGGAAGAGCGCUACGCGGGAUGAAGGGCCGGUGAGGCCACUCGCCGUCUCUGACAAUCAGAACCUGCUAAUGCUUCUGGGGCUCUUCGGGCAAGGUGGACUUAGGGCCAGCUGCCUGAGAAGCUGAGGGAGGAGAUUGGAAGCUGGAGUCAGAGCUUUGGGUUACCCCCCAAAAUCCCCACGGGGGUGUAACCAACACGGGCAUGCAAGUCUGAAAUUCACCAUGUGGC